UUAUACAUUUUGAAAAGGUUAAAAACGCCCUUGUAAAAUUAGAUAUGCCAAAAAUAUUGAUUUUGAAAAAUUAUUAUACUUAAAAGUAAAAUGACACUGCCUUAUUGGAAAAUCCUUCCUCGCGUGUGGAUCUUUGCUCUUCACUCUUCAUUCUUGCUGUUGCUGUUCUACGCCUCCUUCUGCUGCAGCUGCUAGACAAACCUCGUGUAAACGAGUCAAAAAGAAAGAGGAAGAAUAAAUCUUGAAUGACGUUGUUUCAGGAAGACGAUAGUGUUGUUUAUGACAACUUGACGAGUAUUAAAUGGGGUUAGUGGCAGUUACAUGGCAUAAUUUUCUAAGAAAAUGUCAUCCACAAAAGAUAAGGUCUCUACAGACCUUGAAAGUUGAUCAUCAAUUGGAUCAAAUUUUGUUGUCUCCACCGCUUGCUUCUCUGGACAUACGUGAUAUCUGGACUCCCAAGUCUUAUUGUCAGAAUAUUCCAGAAGUACAUAAAAGCUUUAAUGAACAGAAUGCUGUGGUGCUUGAUGGAAAGUUGAUAUCAAUGGAAAUCAAGUCAAAAAUAGCUGAUGAGGUAAGAAGAAUGAAGAAAUGCCUCGGAAAAGUUCCUGGAUUAGCUGUAGUUUUGGUGGGCGAGAGAAGGGAAUCUCAAAUUUAUGUUCGCAAUAAGGUAACGGCUUGUGAAGAAGUUGGAAUCAGGUCUAUGGUGACUGAAUUAUCCACUGAUUGUGCAGAAGCAGAAGUUCAUAAUGCUGUCAUGCAAUAUAACAAGGAUCCAUCAAUUCAUGGCAUUCUUGUGCAGCUUCCUCUACCUAAACAUCUAGAUGAGGAAAAAGUUUUGGAUGCUGUAUGCCUUGAGAAAGAUGUCGAUGGCUUUCAUCCCCUUAAUAUGGGGAAUCUCGCAAUAGCAGGAAGGGAGCCACUAUUUACUCCAUGUACUCCAAAAGGCUGCAUUGAAUUAUUGCUUAGAGCUGGUGUGGAGAUUACGGGGAAGAAAGCUGUAGUAAUCGGAAGAAGUAAUAUUGUUGGUUUGCCGACAUCCUUGUUAUUGCAGAGACACCAUGCCACAGUCACCGUUGUACAUGCAUUUACAGAAAACUCGAAACAGGUCACUUGUGAAGCUGACAUUGUAGUUUCAGCUGCUGGACUGCCGAAUUUGGUGCGUGGCGACUGGAUAAAACCUGGUGCAGUUGUGAUUGAUGUCGGCACAACUCCUGUUGAGGAUCCUAGCUAUGAGGACGGUUACCGUCUUGUUGGUGAUGUAUGCUUUGAAGAAGCUGUUAGGGUUGCUUCCAUUAUUACCCCUGUCCCCGGAGGGGUUGGACCUAUGACUGUUGCUAUGCUACUACUUAACACACUGGAUUCUGCAAAACGCAUUCUUAAUUUUACUUGAUCUACUGUUUAGUUGACUCAUACUUCUCAUUAAACUUUUUAUUUUUAGAACAGAAGAGGACUAGUUUAUAAAGUUUUGAAUGAUCUUUUAAUGUAUCUUUGUACUUGAACAAGGACUAACUUAGAAAAUAUAAAUGUUAGAAAAUUUCAUGAGAUUAGUUAAUCAAAUGCGUUGUAUUUA